AUUUAUCUUUGUGCGUCGUAGUGGGAAGAGAAGAGACAAAACAAUGGCAACCUCUGUUGUGGUUUCCACCUCUCUGUCUCUCAACUAUGGCUACCGUCGCUCCCUUUCCGCUCUCUCUUGUUUGAAUCCAAUCUCCAAAACAAACCCUAAUCAGACUUCUCAUUUAUGCUUCUCCAACUUGCCUCGAUGGAGUUCAAAAUCUGCGAUUUACUGUCGCAGGGUGGUUGCUCGCACUUCAAUUAGAGAGAGAGAGAGUGAGAAGGAGAGCGAGAGCGAGGAGGAGUUAGGGUUCGUGGGGGAGGACUCCGCGGCGUUUCGAUUGGGGGAACAGAAGUUAUCUUCGUGGAUUUAUUUCACCGCAAUUUUGGGAGUGGUUCUCUAUGUGCUCAACGUCGCCUGGAUUGACAAUUCAACUGGCUUCGGUAAACCCUUCGUUGACGCGGUUUCAACGCUUUCUGAUUCUCACGAGGUGGUGAUGUUGAUCCUAAUUCUCAUAUUUGCUGGUGUCCACAGUGGCUUAGCUAGCUUCCGGAACACUGGUGAGAAACUCAUUGGAGAAAGACCUUUCCGUGUACUUUUUGCAGGGUUAUCACUACCUUUGGCUGUCAGUACUAUUGUGUAUUUUAUUAACCACAGAUAUGAUGGACUUCAACUCUGGCAGAUCCAGGAUGCUCCUGGGCUUCAUCAACUUCUGUGGCUUUCUAAUUUCAUUUCUUUCUUUUUCCUAUAUCCUUCAACUUUCAAUCUUUUAGAGGUUGCAGCUGUUGACAAGCCUAAAUUACAUCUAUGGGAAACUGGGAUCAUAAGAAUAACCAGACAUCCACAGAUGGUUGGGCAGGUUAUCUGGUGUCUUGCACAUACGCUUUGGAUUGGAAAUUCCGUGGCUGUUGCUGCAUCAUUUGGCUUAAUUGCACAUCAUUUAUUUGGUGUCUGGAAUGGAGACAGGCGACUGGCUAUAAAAUAUGGGGAGAAUUUUGAAUUAGUUAAGAGUAGAACAAGUGUUAUCCCUUUUGCAGCAAUCCUUGAUGGAAGACAAAAGUUACCAAAAGAUUUCUACAAGGAGUUUAUACGAUUGCCAUACUUGACAAUUACUGCAUUAACCUUAGGAGCUUACUUUGCACACCCGCUUAUGCAAGCUGCUAGUUACAACCUUCAUUGGUAGGUACAACACAUCCUGUCACUUUUAUGUAAAAUAUAUGUUGAGACAAAACGCUACUGCCGAAUGUAGUAUGCCUCAAUAGAUGGAGAUGAAGAGAUCAAAGGAAAUAAAAUAGAAAGCAGUGAAAGAAAUGAAUUGAAAAACUGAUAAUGACCAUGCACGUCCAAAACAACAUUCUUCCAUUAUACGGAUUACGGAGUAAAUGUACAUGUUUGUAGCAGUGCUUAUUAUAGUGCUCCUUUAACAUUUGCGUCCAAAAUGUAUUAAUGUUCUCAAAGUGCAAUCAAUCAUGCCGGAAAAUAUCUACAAUUAA